UUUUGAGCCGAGGGAGCUUCAGUCCCAAAUGGGGACGGAACUGAAGGGGUGGAAAAAGGAAGAGGAUGGCGCCCGGGACCAGGAGUGAGUCACAGGACAUGGUGACAUCACCCACUAGUGCUGAUGGUGAUGCUAUCAAGGUUUACAUAAGAGUGCGUCCUCCUUCAGAAGGAACUACAGUUGCUGAUAGAGAUAAUGGCUUGUGUUUAUCUGUUCUUUCAUCAAACAGUAUCCGUUUGCACUCAAAGCCUGAGCCUAAGAUAUUCAUAUUUGAUAAUGUGGCAGAUGCUAAUACAACUCAGGAAUCAGUGUUCUCAAGUGUGGCAAAAAAUAUAGUGGAAUCAUGCAUGAAUGGCUACAAUGGAACCAUUUUUGCUUA